CCCUUCUCCCUCUCCCUUUACACAUAUACACACACUUCAUUUCCUCUGUGCCACUUUACAGCUCUUUAUCGCUGUUUCCCGCCUUUGCCUGCCUCCACACACUUCACUUUGUCAGGAACACAAUAGCGCGCAUUGACUUUUUGUUCUUGAACUAGCAGUCAGCACUCUCUCUCGCCAGCAGGGAUCAUCGCUACACAGACACCUCCUUUUCUCCACCGCAAAACAUUGACGGCAUCUCUAUACGCCACCAAACUCCAUAUCAUACCCUCUUCAUGACCAACUCAACAGUAUCAAGUCCCUUUCCCACCACAGUCGUUACAGGAGGCACUAUCGGCUCAAUAGUUGUUGGUUGCAAGCUCCAGGUCCUCCACGGUCAACCGCCCGAAUACCGCAAGGCCGAGAUUCUCUCCAUACGUCCUACCGCAACUGCCGAUGACCCUGCUCGCUCCGAAUACUAUGUGCACUACUCCGAUUACAACAAACGUUUGGACGAAUGGGUUGCACCAGAGAGACUCAAUCUCCUGGGGGAGAUUGAAUACCCCAAGGUCAAGAAGCCAAAGACAGUCCUCGCAGGCGUCGGCAAGGAGACAGGCAAGGGAUCCGAGCCAGGAACACCCAGCGGAAGAGUAUCCAAGAACAAUCGAAAAAGCAAUCUCAGCAAGGCUGCAACAACAGGAAAGGGAGCUGAGACGGCGUCUACUCCAGGGGCAUCAGGAUCUAAUAAGCGUAAGGCUGCUGCAAUGGAAGAGGACAGCGCAAGUCAGGAACAAGGGACAGGGAUGAAUGGAACAACACCUACCAUCCAGGUCCAAGGAGAGGAGGAUGAGGAUGAAGAGAUGGCAAAUGGUGAAUCGGUUUCACAGGAACAGAUCCUGGACGAGAACGGGGAUGUGUUUUCAAAGGAGCAAGAGAUCGAAAAACUGCGGACGUCAGGAUCAAUGACCCAGAAUCCACAUGAGGUCGCCCGUGUCAAGAAUUUGAACAUGAUACAGAUCGGCAAGCAUGAAGUCGAGACGUGGUACUUUUCGCCCUAUCCAGUGGAAUACGCCUACCUGCCGACCCUUUAUAUCUGCGAAUUCUGCCUCUCAUACUUUCCAGCAGUCAAGCAGUUGUCGCGCCAUCGACUCAAGUGUACGCUUCAGCAUCCACCAGGCAAUGAGAUCUAUCGCAAAGACGAUAUUUCGUUUUUCGAGAUCGACGGGCGGAAACAAAAGGUUUACUGCCGGAACCUGUGCCUGUUGUCGAAACUGUUUUUGGAUCACAAGACGCUCUACUAUGACGUGGACCCGUUCUUAUUCUACGUGAUGACCCAGCGGGACGAGGACGGCGCCCAUCUGAUCGGAUAUUUUUCAAAGGAAAAGGAGUCGUCAGAGCAGUACAACGUCGCGUGUAUCUUAACAAUGCCACAGUAUCAGAGAAUGGGAUUCGGGCGAUUGCUGAUUGCGUUCUCGUACGAGCUGUCGAAAGUCGAGAAACGGUUAGGAUCGCCAGAGAAACCGCUUUCAGAUCUGGGACUGUUGUCGUACCGUGCAUUCUGGGCGGAGACGAUUGUGAGCUUGUUAGUGGAGCAACAGAAGGCAGGGAUUGAGUUGUCGAUCGACGAUAUUGCGAACAGGACGGCAUUCCAGCCCCAGGAUGUGCUGCACACACUUCAGAACCUGAAUGCGCUCAAGUAUUAUCAUGGGCAGUAUGUGAUCGUGUUGAGCGACACGGUAAUCAAGAAUGCGGAAAGGGCGGCGAAGAAGAAGAGGCGGGAGGUGGAUCCCAAGGCACUGGUCUGGAAGCCGAUCCACUUUACGGCAACGCAGCUGCGGUUCUUGUAGCAAACGGUCCAAUGAAUGGAUUCAGUCUGCAAUAAUAAAGUUAAGCUUCAAAACAAA